UUUUGGAAAAUUGAAAAAGCAAAGAGAAUUUCUACUUUUGGGAUCCAUAAUUCCUUAACGUAGUUUUGGAACAAACGUAAGAAUAGUAAACUAUGCAGAAGUAUAGAAAUAUUUCUCUUUCAGAAAAAAAUAAUAAAUACUAAAUUACAGUGAGCUCCGGCGAAUUUGAAGUUCCUUUUUUUUCCUCUGUGGCGCCGUGAAAAUCCGAUUAUACCGAAUCGCUUCGCCGCCGUUCGUAUCGUACGAAGCGCCAGCUUCCGACGAGUAAGAAUUUUGGUGGAGAAUGCAUCUUUUGAAGUGUUUAAUGAUCAGAACCAAAUAGUUCAAAAGGAUUCUGUAUUGGAGGAUUAACUGCAAAAGAUACAUUUCCAGAGGGAAAAAAACGCCUUCUCAAUCCUGCAAUCCAGAGAAUGGCAGCAUGGAAGGUCUAAGUGGAAGGAGUAGCUUUCAAAUUGAUAGCGAUAUUGAUGUUGCCGAAGAUGAUGGAUUGAUAAUCAUUGCAGAAGAUAAAAUUCCUGACAAUUGGCCAGACGCAGAGGACAAAUGUUCCUACCGCGGUUUAGAUCGUAACUUCGUUUUUGCUGGUGAACAGGUCCGAUUACUCAUAUGUCUGUCUGAAAAUAAGCACAAUUCAGGAAUUAUUACACCCUCAGAAAAUGUGGUUGGACAAAGGUCCCAUCGAGAAAACGAAGAGGUCGUAGGAGGUACAAAUUCAUUUUCACAUGCGAAGUAUGCAAAUACUGACGAACAGAAAGAUAAAAAUGGUGAGGCUAGAGGGAAUAGUACUCAUUCACAAAAGGAUGCCUCAACUGGUGAAUCCAUCCCUGGAAAUGAUGAUCAGAGGAGACACACCGAUCAGUUGUUACAAAGAUUUGAAGAUUCUCAUUUUUUUGCUCGAAUUGCGGAGUCAAAUGAACCUCUUUGGUCUGAAAGGAGUGCUCAAGAAGCUUGUUUCAAGUUAAUGGAGACAUGUAAAGAAAAGUUGACAGGAGAUUCUUCAGAAACUGCACAGAUUCUGAAGAACAAGAAUCCUACGAGUGUUGUGAUUGACAGAGGAGAAUUGCAUUCUCCCACAUCUGGGGGAGUCGCCCGGGGUGCUGCCAAGUGCUUCUCCCUUUCAAAUGGAGACAUAGUGGUGAUUUUACAGGUAAAGGUUGGCGUUGAGUUUAUGAUGGAUCCCAUCCUAGAGAUACUUCAGCUUGAAAAGUAUCAUGAAAGAAAACCAUUCCUAGAGACUCAGCAAGUUCAAGCUUCUUUUAAUAAAGAUCCUUAUAAAGAAUUGUUGAACUGGUUGCUUCCUGUGAAUAAUUCUCGUCGAUCUUCUGCUCGUCCUUUAUCUCCCGACUCGAGUUCCAGUCCCCGUCCAAGUAUACGGACCUCAACCUCAAAACGCUCGGUGUCCGUAUCUUCUGCCACGGAGCUUUUUUCUUUUGGUCAUGUUAGGAGCUAUUCUAUGUCCUCGCUCCAGCCAAAUAAGUUACCACCCGAAGCUGUGAUGAAAACCAGUGCUAGAUCAAGCUCUGUUCAAGAAGAUCAUUAUCAAUAUUCAUUUAGGAGUUUUAUUGAUAUUGGAAAUAGUGGAAACGAAAAACUACUAUCUUUCCGUGGCGUGCCUUUGGUGCCUGACAGAUUUUCUGUUCAGUGUGGUCUGGAAGGGCUUUUUACUCCUGGAAGAAGGUGGAGGAGGAAAUUUGACUUGAUACAGCCGCUGGAAAUUCAUUCCUUUUGUGUUGAUUGUAACGCAGACGAUCUUCUUUGUGUUUGUGUAAAGAAUGUUUCUCCUGCAUAUGCACCAGAUGUGGUCGUGUUCAUAGACUCCAUUAUGGUGGUUUUUGAAGAGGCCUCAAGUAGCGGACCGCCAUUACCUUUACCUGUUACUUGCACUGAAUCUGGGAAUGAGGACAGUUUGCCGAAUUUAGCAUUAAGGCGAGGUGAAGAACACUCUUUUAUUCUCAAACCUGUAACGACGUUAUGGAGGGAUCCCAAAGUUCAGACUGGUAGUAAUUUGGGAAAGCGGCGCACAUCAACUCGAGCUGCUAGGUCAAGUCCUCACCCCUUCACCAAUACCAAAUGGAGAUAUAGCGACGCACCUGCUGUUCAAUAUGCAGUUCUUGUGUCAUGCCGAUGUAACUAUACUGAAUCAAAGUUGUUCUUUAGGCAUCCAGUAAACUGGCAGCCUCAUUUUGCAAGAGAUCUCAUGAUCUCUGUUGCAUCUGAUAUGUCGAGACGAACAGUUGCAUCUCAUAGAACUCAGCUCCCUGUUCAGGCUUUAUAUCUUCAAGCGUCAAAUAUGACACCCGAUGAUCUGACGUUGACAGUUAUGACUCCAGCACCAUCACCUUUGUGUCUAUCUCCAGAUCAGGCGCAGAUCACAGAAGACGGUCCACAAUCAGAUUCUAUCAGUAACCGCUUUGCACCCUUAUCUAACAUGAUCCCGAGCAGUGACCUGAGCUGCACGCACUUAUGUAUGCAGACUAGAGUUCCACUAGGAUGCGUUCCUUCUCAAUCCACGGUGGCUAUCAAUCUUGAACUAGUCCCUUUGACAAAUGGAAUAAUAACCCUUGAUUCUCUACAGAUUGACGUUAAGGAGAAAGGCCGUUAUAAGCCUAAGCACGCGCUGAAGAUUGCUGCAGCUUCAACUCCCAUCUUAUAACGUAAGGUUGUUAGUUACAAUUGAUUUUUUUAAUGCUUAUGUUUUGCUGCUAUUGUCGUGGUCUUGCACUCGUGAUCUCGACUCAACGAGCUAGCUUUACGAGUUGAUUUGAACUAAUCAGCAUAAAGAAUUAGUAGCAAACCCCUUUCUUGAGUCAAGUAGGUUUAGAUACAAGUUAAAGUUUACUGUAAAAAUUCUUCAUUUCUUUCAAUAGUAACAUAGUUUAGAGGCA